CUGGUUUGCCCUUCUCGAUCUAUAUAGCUCCCACUGGAAACGCGAACUGCGUCGGCGUAACAUACGAACGGAAGAACAGACACAUAGUACAUUGGUGCAUAGAGAGGCAGAUUUAGUGGCGAUACGAAAUUACAAUACGUUAUCCAAUCAGACCUCUGCCGAAGCCGUUAGGAGAGAAGAGAACUCGAUUUCCGAACAGAGAUCACCAUUAACGGAGUACUCGGCUGAACAGCAAUCAGUCAGUCGCCCAAGCUAUUAUUGAAGCAACCAAUGAAUUUAAAUAGCAGCCUCCCGGUCAUCAUACUUCAUAACAGCGGGGAACGACCCCAGUGCGAUCGAGUUCUCGUCGGACGGCGACGUGAGGGCACCGCGCUAUUACAAUCAUAACUGGUGGUAGUGGUUAGACAGACAGCUUCAGCCACUGCACCGAGUACCGACGUAGUGUACGACAACGAGAACGAAACUCCAUUCUGGAAUGGAGCAGGUGCGAUUAGGAUUUUAUAGUGGCAAUGGUGAGUAGUAAAGUUAACCGUAAUGACUGCAGUGUUGCCGCAAAAGUGAAUCGGUGCUUUGUCGAAUAGUUCAGCGCAAAAAAGCGACAACGACAAACAGUGCAUGUAUUUUCUACCAUCUGCCCUAUGGCGGUUUGGCCAGCUCGAUAUUACUUUCGCCGGGUUUCGUCCCUAUCUUUGGUUCGAAACCAUCGUAGCUGUCUGUGUCUAUGACGUACUUUCUGCGCGUUAUUACCAUUGUUGUUAGCCUCACCGGCGCGCAAAUUUGAGCCGUAGCGGGGCAUCGACUGGAGCGUCGCGGGUACAACAAUUUAAGCAACAGUAUCUUGGCAAAAAAGAAAUGAAUAUAAAAUAGAAUACGAUGACCACACAGACCCAGUCAAGCUGUCGAAUGUCCGAGCGGUAGCAGCGCUGGAAAUAGCAGCUAAAGUCCGUUGGAUUAUUAGAGAGAAACGGGGCCGCAUUUGUUGACCGUCUCUUUUUCGAAAAAGAAAAUGUAAAAAGGGCACCGGGACAAAUCCCAACACAAGCUUAAUCAUAUGUUAUUACAACUGCGACAACUACGCGUAAGAGUAACGAUUACGUCGCAUCAUAUUGAACUGCUCACGCACCGACAAUAGAUAGCCAACGGUUUACGUUUGAUAGGAAUUGCGAUAAACGGCAAGUUUUGCACAACUAUGUGAGUCCUUCGUAACGUUAUAUGAGAGAGGAACGGAACAAACGAGAGAAAAAACCCAACGCCCACUGCCGUCAGCUCUAACUGCUGUUGCUACUGCCUCUGUUACUAUUAAUAGACAAUUUGAUGAAUACGACAUUAGCGUAGUGCGUGUUAGCAGCGGAGCUCUCUGUGCAGCGACCUCAUCACGUCGCCGAUACGCUGGCGAUCGACCACGACUGUAUAAAAGGUGGAAGUAAAUACCUUUGCUUGAUCACGUUGAGGUGAUGCUGCUGUGACGAGUGAUAACAGUUACUGAAUUUUUGCUAAUCACGUUUUUCGGAAUCGACGCUUAAACGAGUGUCCUCAUGCGGCACAUUCAGCUGCAGUUUCCUAUACAGUGCUGCUAGUGACGGAGUUCGAAUUGCUAGUCCACAGCAAUAAUUAUCUUGGCAGCAACAGCAUUAUUUCUAGUUGCAGUGAUAAAAUAACGGUGAGCAGUUCUGACCCAUUGGUUACGGCGGCGGUGUUUGUGGAGGAGCGCUUUUCGUAGCGUUAAUCGUAAAUUAGUUAUAAUUUUGGUGGCAUUAGUACCCGAGGCUACGCAGGACUUGGUUCCAGCGUCGGGAAAAUUUCCUGGUGGGAGACCUGUACCAACCACAUUUGAUAACUCGUCUGUUGAUUUAUCGCUUACUGUUGGGUUAUGCAGAAGUGUAGAAACAGAGAUAAAUUGCGAAAGUUAAUGUGCGUAGGCCAGCUGGAUGUUGUGUGGUGAUCAUGUACAGUCAGUAGUUCAAUCGUGGAAUCAGUCCUGAUUUGGCCAUCUGCUACGAAUGGUCCAAUGUCCCAGUGGGCUGAAAGUUUACGGUGUGUGUGCGAGCGGCUGCGUGAUGUAUCAAAGUGACGUGAUCGAUCCAUUCUCUAGCUUUGGUCUCAACCACUGUGAUUAUUCUAAACUAUUUUAUUUAACAGAAGCUAUCUUAUCACCUAAGAAUCAGUUGUUUAGAAGUUGCGAAAAAUAAGUUUCUUUGUCCUCGACCUUUAACCACAGAUGUUACGGUUACCGAGAGCCAUACAUGGAUCUUUACAGGCUUCUAACUAACUAGCAACGAGGUAAACGAUCAAGCCCAACAUCGAAUUCAUUCUUCAGUAUAAGCUUCCGUUCGACGAUCAGAUUCUGAUUGCGUGGAUAGAUGGCCGUACCGGGAUGCAACCAACACGCGUUUGAUUGCAAUAGAGAUGCCCCCCGCCCCCCACCCAUAGCGGACGAUUUACUGGCAUGUGAGCGGCACCAUGCAAAUAUCAUCGGCGUACUGUAGUAACACAGCAACUCAACCAAUAAAUGAGAUCUGUGUCGAUCGCUGCCACUGUAAUUUACUUUCCAUUCGAGUAAAAGCCAAGCAGAGCCGAGAGUUAAUAACUAUUAAGAAAAGCUGCGCCGGUGAGUCAACUAUAAAAAUGCAGCAGGGUUCUUUGGCAAAAUUAGCGCUGAAAAUUGUCCUUUUCAGCCAUUAAAAAUCCAAAGCACCAUUUCAACGAAAGCGUUACUAGAAAAAAAUCUGCAAAAAAAGCAAAUAAAGGGUGUGGCAUCACAGAGCAUCAGUUAGUACUCUGCCUCAUUGUUGUCGAUAUCGUCGUUGCUGUUAUUCAUUUACGAUUAAUCUUUCUACCAUUUCACGGCCAGGGCUUUCCUAGAACCACGUUGUCGCUCUAAUAGACCAGUGUCUCCAGUUCGCACGAACUCCGACGAUACAUUAAUGGUCAAUCAAUAUUGCUUGAAACGGACUGAAGUAAACCGAUUGCAAAUUCAACGGGGGUUUGUACACUGACCUAGUAAUCUACACAACACUAGCAAGAUCUUAAUGUUGCUCCAAUCAAUCAACAGAUACUCAACAAGCGGGAUGUCCCCAAACCGAUUUUUCGGUGUGUGUACGCGACGUUUGCUCUUCAUGAAAUAGCCAGGCAAGGCAGCAGAAGAAAUCAAAAGCCGAACUUUUCUAUUUCCCACCUAGAAAUUGCUAUUCGCUAAUAAAAAGCGGGAAAAAUCAAAAUCAAACAAUCAUUGUGCUCCUCGUGACAAAGACAACAACAGCGGCUUUCACAAUGGCAAGCUUAAACUACGAGGGUCCCUUGUCCAAGUGGACUAAUGUGAUGAAGGGAUGGCAAUAUCGGUGGUUUGUACUGGACGAUAAUGCUGGCCUGCUUUCGUACUAUACGUCCAAAGAAAAUAUGGCUCGCGGAGCUCGUCGUGGGUGCGUCAGACUUCAAGGUGCCGUCAUCGGAAUCGAUGACGAGGAUGAUUCUACUUUCACCAUCCGCGUCGAUCGAAAAGGCUUUCAUUUCCAAGCUCGGGAUGCGGAAGAACGCCAGCAUUGGGUUCGAGCGCUUGAGGAUACCAUUCUUAGGCACACCCAUCGACAUGCUCACCAUAACGUGCUACUCUGGGAGCGACCCGUUUCAGUGCGAAGCUUCGAGGACAAACUGGCUGAGGCUGACAGCUAUCUUCAAUUAUUGAUUCAGCAAGUAGACAAGCUUCAGCAACGAACGGAAUCGCUGGACGAAAAAGAGCGCCUACAUCUCGAGGGUGUCUGCGCAAAAGCCAACAGAUUCCUGGAAACGGUGAAGCACUCAAUUGUAUCCUUACAAAUAGCAAAGAAUACAGCAGAAGUAUCCAGUGCCUGCGGCGAGCCUUUGGAUGCUAACGGAGGUUCCCUACAAAGCUUACGAUCGCCCACUGAAUCACUACAAAUUUCCGCCUUUAAUUCCUCAGUUCCAGCAACUUCAUAUUCUUCAUCAGAGGACAGUGUCGAAGAGAAUUCAGACGAUUUCUUCGACGCAUUCGAAGACGCGGUGAGCGAAGCCACCGAAGGUACAGAGACCCCUUCGGAACCCCAUCACAAAGGUUCUGCCGCUGACAGCCUCAUCCAAGACGAUCAGGGCGAGAUGUUCCGAAAAAGUCGCAAAGAGGGUCACGUGAACAACAGCCGCGUGACCUCCGCAAAAAAUCACCACAUGGUCAACAGUCCGUCCGAAAAUUCUGCAAUCUGUGAACCUUCGGCCGAUGAAUUUGUACCUUUCAAGCCGCCGCCUGAAGCGCCGUCAUAUAUGACCCCAAGUGAUUUCGAUCAACUCUAUGAGGACCAGUCCGAACCUGCCGACUCGAACGCCAAUUAUAGCGUAUUGUCGCACUUAGUAUCGCAGGUCCGCAUUGGAAUGGACCUUACUAAGGUUACAUUACCAACGUUCAUCCUUGAGCGGCGGUCGCUGCUCGAAAUGUACGCCGAUUUCUUUUCACAUGCUGAUCUCUUUGCAAGUAUCGUGGAUCAGGACACAGCUGAAAAGCGAAUGGUAGAAGUGGUCCGGUGGUACUUGUCUGCGUUCCACGCGGGCCGAAACGCCGAAGUAGCCAAGAAACCAUAUAAUCCGAUUUUGGGCGAGAUCUUCAAAUGCCACUAUGCUUUGCCUUCGCCGAAUAUUGCAGAGCGAAAGGCAGCUAGCGAUGGCCCGUGCCCAUGGGCAGCUGAAGACGACGUGACGUUUGUGGCUGAACAGGUAUCUCAUCAUCCACCCGUCAGUGCCUUCUACGCCGAGUGUGCGUCUAAGGGCAUUACGUGCUCCGCCCACAUCUGGACGAAAAGCAAAUUUCUCGGAUUAUCCGUUGCAGUACACAACGUUGGCCAAGGCUGCAUAAGCUUUCAGCGAUUCGACGAAGAGUACACCUGUACUUUUCCAUCAGCGUACGCGCGGUCGAUACUCGGAGUGCCGUGGGUAGAGUUGGGAGGUGAAGUUACGAUCAAUUGUUCGAAAACCGGUUACAACGCAAAAAUUGACUUUCUUACGAAACCGACGUUUGGUGGUAAGAAACAUCAGCUUAAAGGGAUGAUUUUCCGGCCGCAGACAGACCCCAGCAAGACACUCCAGCCGUUCCUACAGAUACAGGGGGCGUGGAAUGACGUGAUGACAGCAAAAAAUGUGGAGACAGGGGAGACCUUUGAGUUCUUCAAUCCACACACGACGCCGACAAUUAAAAAACAAGUGCGGCCAGCUGUUGAGACACUUUCAUACGAAUCUCGGCGACUAUGGAUGAACGUUACCUACAACUUGCGUGAAGGCAAUGUCGACAGGGCGACGGAACAUAAGAGUUUCCUUGAACAGCGGCAACGAGAUGAGGCCCGACAGCGAAGCGAGUCAGGAAGACCCUGGCGGCAGCGGCUGUUCAGUGAGAAGGGCGACAAUUGGGUAUACAGAAACUCUCUUGAAAAGCGGUUAGUCGGGCGGUAGUUCUAGCCUUUAGCGAACCUGACGCUAUAACAAUGGUACUACCGCUAAAGCACAUGAUGAAGCUCAAGUACGUUUCUCCAUUGCCGACUACAUGCAAAGCAGAGAUGGCACUUUGAUCAACUGGAAUAAUAUCAGCCGUACCGGUAACAGGAGACACGUAACUUCAUCGAUUUUGUUUCCGAAUGGAGUAAUGGUAAACAUAACCAGCUUAAAACGCCAGCGUGGCUGUAUACAAGGGCUUUCUGGAGAAUGCCUGCUGUUUAGAAGUUGACAGAUAAAUAUACAAAUGCACGAAACCGUCGAAAACAGGUGACAGAAGCGCAGGGCCAGUGAUCGCUUCUAUAGGAAAAUUAAAUAACUGUAGAUGUUAUUGUUGGGCGAUACCUUAACGGCUUUGGCUUUUCUGUACAAAAAAUACAGCCCUUACUCAUACACAUUAAGGAAUGAUAGCGAAGUAGUUGGUUAUAAUUAGUAAAUAUCAAGACGAACUGAAACUUCCGUUUGUAUAUACAUAUAUAUACAAUGUUUCAAAAGAUCGAUGUUUUACAAGAGUGACUUGUCAUAAAACGAACUCCACAAGGUGCUACUUUCCGUUUCCCUUUGCUGCGCCGCUUUGGUGCUGAACCUUCAGCUUUUUUUGAAUCUUUUUUGGGUGGUUAUCUCUCUCAUGAAGCUACAAAACUGCAACUCUUAACAAUGAACUAUUAUAUUGUAAUAUUGGCACUCCUAUUAAACAGGACGCUGAGAAAAAAAGGUCUACUUUUUCGAUUUCCAAUGUUGAUUUGCGUUGAGAACAGAAGCAAUAAGAAAAGGUUCAUAGUCACCAAGAAGGAAAAAAGUACUUGUUUUAAAAAUUAAUGAAAAAGUGAUCUUAUAUAGAUACCAAACCGAUUCUUAGUUCCGAGAGAGAGGAAGGAUCUUAGUACGUAGUACGUGUCACAGCAGAACCAGUGGGAAUCGUGAAUUCGGAUAGGAGCUACAUCCGAACAAAUAUGUAGAGUGUCUGCAUUUGACACGCAGACUGGAGUCGCUUACGGAAUAGGAAGUAAAUAAUAAGGAAAUCGCACGGUUAAAUGCAUAUGUUAAAUGCUGUACCAGUAGCGUGUUGAAGCGUAGGAGCAAAUGCUACGUAACGAAAACAUAUGUUCUCUAUGAGCGGAACUUGCAGAUAGGAAAAGGGCAAGAAAAACAUUUUAUUACCACAGUCACAUCCGUUCGUUCAAAGAAUGGGCAAGAAGUGGACCAAAAAUUAAUGGGUUCAGCCCAUAGAUUAAUAGAUCAAUGAUUAUUCGUAGUUUAAAGGUGUAACAAAUAUAUAGUAGGCGGAACAUAAUAAGAAUAAAAAGACGCAAUCGGUUAAUGUACAAGUGGAAUGGACAGAUAAGCCUUGUACGAAGCUGGUAGGCCAAAGCUUACACUACGUCAAGGGCUUGCGUGCCGGUGGCUUUCUUUGAGAAAGGUCUUUAAAGGAGCCCUUAUGUUUCUGUUUAUGUGAAACGUUUCGGAGAAAUGGGGCGUCCGGCAAUGAUUGUGGGCUCCAAUUAAAGAUGCCAUAGCGGAAAAGAUUCGCGUGCAGUUGGAAAAACUACAACAAUAGUGAACGGGUAGAAUCACCACUUGGAGAUUUUCGAUGUUCUAAUGAUACAGCUACGACGGAGGGCAUUCUAACCAUUAGGUAAGGACGAGACAGAACUAACGUAACGAAUUUGAUGUGGGUCGUAGAGAUAUAAUAAGAUAUGGAGGCGUGAAAUUGUGUGAACUCGUGGUUCCGAUCGUCGUUUGAACAACUAAAAGAAAGCUAUAGAAAUGAGCGAAAGAAAGAAUAAUUAACUCAAGAAAAAUGAAAACAUGUGCUGCUAAAUGAUAUAUUGCAAGUAGCAAUCAUAAUGAGAUGACAAUUAUUAUCAAGAAAGACACAAAUAAUAAUUACCGUGUGAAAACAUUCUGCGGAAUUUGAUUUAUCAAAAUUGGCCUUCUAUAGAUGGAAAUCAUGUAAAUCGUAUCCGAUUUACUGCCGAUUGCUGUCGAUAGAGGCGCUAUCUUCGGUUGCUCACACCGAACUUCAAUUUUGUGGGCGAGACCAAAUGUUGGCGAAGCGCUGAAACUCUGAAACGACCUAUCGCAUUAGCGAAUGAUAUUGGGAUUGUUUAACCGUGAGUUAAUCAGAAGAAAUCCUGUAGCAACAGAGAGAUAGGUGAAUAGAGUUAAACGUAGUUGUAUUGACCUUGAAAAAAAAAGAAAAACUAACUACGAAACCAGUCGACUUGAAGUCUUAAAACUCAUACGUAAUUGCUAUGAAUCUUCAUUAAACAAAUACAUGCAGCAUGUUCGCGUAGUGUGGUAUUGGAAUUCAACAAGCAGAGGACUGGCACUGCACAAUACAAUAUGCUGCCAAAGAAAACAAUGCGGGGAGCAAAACUUGCAGUGAAUCUAGCUAGAGCAAAUAUGUUUACCUUUCAUAUCAUCUUACAUUCAAAUGGUUCAUGCAGCGCAAAACAGGAAACUUAUUUUCGGAACGAUGUUCGUAAGGUCACUGCUUAAACUUGCUUAAAAGAUUUAUCCUUUAGUGAUUUAUGACGGUUCGAUCACUGAAACUAGACCGUUACCGUGAGAGCACUCCAAUCCAAGAAGGAUCCGCGAUUAAAAUGAGAACAGCCUAAUAGGGAAAAACUGUAUGAAAGUUAAAGCAGCCUGCAGAAACUGUCGCCGGACACGCCCGGAAACCGCACCGAAGGGAAGCACCAAGGUGAGAAGCAGUGAGUCGGAUGCGUCACGCUAUGAAUAAGGAAAACGUGUCGGAUAUGGUUUCUUGGAUAAUGGUGGAUCGUGGACAAAGCAGCACGAUUUCUCUAUGGAGGAGGCAUAGAUUUGAGAAGUAUUAAAUUAUUUAACUUGAUUGGUGAUAGUGGAGCCCAAUGCAAGUCAAUUAAAGGUACGUAAUUCAGUCCGUUAGGCGAAGUCUCUGCUUUAAUGAAAUCGCCCGGAAUCCACCCUUCUACAAUGACUUUUGGAUUCUGACGAUCGAUUGCGGUAACUCUUGAUGGCACAACUUUUAGGGGUUCCACAAGUAAUGCGUAAUAAGCGUGAUUGGACAGACUGGGCUGACGAAAUACAAAGGAAAUAUAAGCUUCACUGACAUAGGCACAUUAAUUCGGAUGAAAGCUGCGAUGGGUUUAUCCUCGCUUGUCGAUACUUUCUGUUGAAAGAUUAUGAUUAAAUUUUUUAAAUAUCUUUAUCAAUUUUUAGAGCUACCUGUACUGAAAUGCAGUAUCAUUUGAUGUGGACCAAAUGUAGUAGCACAUUUCUGCCGGAAUUGCCCAAGCAAAGUUUACCCUUUAUAAUUAGCAAGCUCGGCGGAUUAGUUGCGUUCGAACAGAGCUAUUUCGAUCCUUUUGAACACUGAAGCUAUCUCGUAUAGGUGUAUUAAGCUUGUAACUCUAAUUCAGCACGUAUUUCGCACGAGUUCUUAGCCAUAAGGCUAGCAGCGUGUCUAAAAAAAAAAAUCUGUAGUUAUUGCUAUUGGUUUUGUAACGGGUGUGGACCGAAAGCACGUGUUCGACAAUAUCCGCAUGUAGAAACGUCGCUUAUCCUAACCAUAAAUGUCUUCUCUUUUUAGUACACAAAUACAGCCAUCAAUUUUUGCUUUGUACAUCGCAUCAUCUUGGAUUUGAAUCGGGAAACGUUUCUUCUGGAGAAGGCGAAGAACAAUGCAUAAUUAAACUAUCUCGUUAGAGCUUAGUACCGUACGCUAUCGGUAGUUGGCUGUCCGGUCUGUCGAUCUUACUUGAUUUAUCGAAGCUUCUAUCAGUCAUAUAAGACAUAAGACGUAUAAAGCGGCAUUUUUAUAAUGGCAACGCAAAAGAUGUGCAUUAUCAACCUGCAUUACGCUACUCACACUUAUUUAGGCCUGCGGCAGCUCGGACGAGACUGUUUAGUUUUCCUAAUCAGAUAUUUCUCUCAGUUAAAGUCAGAAGGAAAGGAUCAACUGCCGUUUGCUAAGCCCAAUUUCAAAAUCGAUUCGAAGUUUGGAAUCCAUUCACUUUUCUUAUUAAUUUGCAGUUUAUGCAGGCAGGAGCUUUUACGUGACCACGUUCUUGUUUUGCAGCGUACUGUAUGUACGUUUACUACGGACGUACGCACGAUGUCAGCAUGCUUUGUGCCGGUAUAUCAGCUGAAGUGUAUCGAGGUACAAGCACGAUCAAAGGUUUUUGAUCUUUGGCCGACCUUGAUAUAGAGUGCUACAGAUGUUUGCGAGCUAUGAAACGAAUCUCUAUUUCAUGACGGAAGCUAUCAUUUUGUUAUUGGAAAACCCUCAAGAAGAGCAAAUGUUCUUCAAUUUUUGGGUAAGUCGUCCCCCGUGCAAUUUUUUAUUUCUGCCCGUAUAUCACGCCUCGUAUAUGAUGUGGUCGUCAUUUCACCAUGUGAAUUUGCAUAACCCAUGUUCGUUAUUGCUGCUCAUAGCGCUUCGACUCGAGAUCUUUGCUAUAGAUUACAUGACUUACGAAACGGCUAAUACAACCAGCUUCACUAAUUGUUCGGGACUUUGCUAAUUAACCGGGAGACCUUUUUGACAUAAACUGGCAUAGAUGCAUUAAGAUUCUCCGGUAAUCACAAGUACAUUACGUUGACUCCUAGCUCUGCUAAAACGCUGAUGUUUCUCAUUCCCAAAGACCUGUUUCCAUGACUUGUCAUAUUUUACAAAUAAACAUAAAAAAAAAAACAAUAAACCAUAAAAUCCAUAUUAAAUAGACAUAUUUUGAAAGACAUAGUUAUGUUGGUACAUGUUUUCAAACAUUUUAUUAUUACUUUUUAGCUACAAAGAUUAUUACUCCUUAGUGUCAUAUAUGUUACGUAAUAUAUUAAUUAAUACAACAUUAAUCCAUGUUUCGUGUAUACCCUACAUCCCAUAUGAUCUACUAUAUAACUUGAUAAGUAUGACACUAUGGAAAACUCGUAGAUUUUGUGUGCCUUAUAAUUAAAACUGUGUUAGAUGAAAUACAUAAUUGGCGAACAGCGAACCAGUGAAUAUCAUUACUUCGCAACUGUAGAUUAUUAUUACUAUAACCAUAAUGUUAUUGUAAAGAAGUAAAAAUUAGCAAUAAUAAAAUAAAAGUAAAAAAGACGUUUUUAAAAAUUCAUGAAGCUUAACUUUUUAGUUCUGAAACUAAUUUGAAUGAAGACGUUUCAUUAGGAUCAAAGGAAGUUUGGAUAGCUAAAAUUCUGUUUUUUGCUUCAUGCAAGUACAGCCCUUCACCUGCGCCUCUAAUGCGCUUCGGGUUACUCCUGCACUUUCGUGAUUCUGUGCCUACAGAUUUUAUGUGAAAUUGCGACAAACCGCUCAAGAAAAUGGGAUCUAUUAUGGAAGUCGUCGCUGUCGCAGCGGUAGCCCCUACUGGCGCUGCAGGUUCUAUUGUUUCAUUUGUUGCUUCUGUGCCACAGGAACAAUGCACUGACGUUAGAAUAAUUGGCUGCAGAAGCCAAGAAAAGAACGGUGGCCUGUUUAUUCGCUUCUCAAGAAUGCCCAACCUAACAAACAAUGAAGACGAGGAACGAAAAGGUGGCUUAUCAGCUUCGUGUCCCUGUCGGGGACCUAGGGAAGCCGUGGAACACGAUUUUCACGUGUUCAAGAGCCCAGUCGAUGAUUUGAUAUCGAUAAUUGAAAACAUUUCUCGAACGCUUUUAUUAUAGUCUAAGCCCUCGCGGCCUUGUGUGGGUGCGAAAAUCAGGAAUCUCAGGAAUUACUGUCUAAGCGAUAUUUUCCUAUAUAAUAAGUUGAUUUUUCUUGAUUUGUUUGUUUAAAUAAAUUAAUAAAUGUAAAAUAUAUAUAUAUAUAUAUAUGUAUAGUGUAAUUAAUUGUAAGCGCUAACCUCUAAUAGGACCCCAGGCCGUAUAUGGUGAAAUCUUUUUCCGGUUAACCAAUGUUGCCCAAAAGGAGAAGCAAUCUAAGCAAAACAAUAAACUCGAAAAACGAUGCACCCGAACAUCUAGUAAUCUAGAUGUCGUGCACAAGUGACUGCAUCCUCUGGGCGCGUUCCAGUGGCGUUGAGUCCGGCCGCAAACGCU